UGAGACAUGCAUGCAUAUUCGAAGGUAACACCAACUAAACUUGGAGAAUUUGUGCAGGAAAAAGAGUGCAGUUGUGUGGGAGAGAUCGCUUUGGGGCCAUGGGGAUGCCACUCCGACACGGCCCGUCAAUGGAGCUAUAAACCAAAAGCAGGAGGCGCCAUCAAAAAAAUUAUCAUAGGCUGCGGUUGGAUAAUCGAUUCCCUCAUGUUUAAGGCCGACGAUUACUCCGCCAAAUUCGGCGGCCACGGUGGUGACGCAUUCCCUCGUAUCAGAAUCGAUCACCCUUCAGAAUUUCUGAUUGGAAUAAGUGGGACGUUUGGGAAAGUCGAGCAUAUGGAGCCAGACAAUGUCUGCACCCUCACCUUCCACACUAACAAAAAUCAAUACGGACCAUUCGGAACCAAACCCGGGCCCACCCCAUUUUCGUUGAUCGCAAACGGCGCUGCGGUGACGGGAUUUCACGGCCGCUGCGGCCAAUAUGUCGAAGCCAUUGGGCUUUACGUGAAGCCUCUUUCGAUUCAGCUCAAGAAACAGCCUUCCGAGAAUGCCUCCAGUCGCGUUCCCCGUUUUCUCCUGCCGCCGCGCAGUGCGGCGGCGAUGGGCGGAAGCGGCGGCCGGGAUUGGGACGACGGCGUCUUCGCCGCCGUGAAAGGCGUCCACGCCUGCGUGCGCGUGGAUACGGGCGCCCUGUCGGCCGUCCGAUUCAGCUACCUCAAGAGCGACGGCUCGGCUUUUCUGUCUCCAUUUCAUGGGGGUUAUUGUGAAGGGGAUGUGCACUUGAAGGAAUUCAGCAUUUCGAAGAUGAUUGUGUUUUGCGAGGAAGAUGAAUACCUAAUUGGUGUUGAAGGAUUUAAUGGAGUGGCGGCGGAGGGCUUAAAUGUGGUGACGGCAUUGAGUUUUAUGACGAAUAAGGGCAGAUACGGCCCCGUGGGUGCUGAAAUCGGCACAUAUUUCACGUCCAUGAAUUCCGGCGGCUGCGAUAGAAAGGUGGUGGGCCUCCAUGGCCGCAGCGGUGCUUAUCUCGACGCUAUCGGUCUACACACCGAAUAUUUCUGAACUACGAUUUUAGUAACUUACCUUUUGUAUAAUUCGUGUCAAAUGGUACAAGCUACAUCUGGUGUU